UGCCGUGACGUGACGAUGUGAAUUAGCCUUGUUAAAUGUGUGCAACUGAAAAAAUGUGCCUGAAAAAGUAUAAAUUUCAUUAAUUUAAUUGCAUACAUACAGAACAGAAAGUGGUUAGGUUAUAUCGAUACUAAUAACAUCGUUUCCUUGUAUCGACCCAAGAAUUGUCACCAGCGUAGUAUGCUCUCCAUGGUAACCAAGAAGUAAACAACAUUGCAGUUGUAUUUGGUGGAGCGAAGCUGAUUUCGUUGGACUGUAAUGCAUUAAGUACUGCUUGAUUCUGUUAUUUUUGCGGUGCAAGUCCAUACUGGACAUUCUUUAGGGAAUGGAGUUUUCAAGGGAAGAGCUGUGUGCACAAGAAACAAGUGCCACAACAAUAACUGACACUUCGGAAACAUAUCAGAUUCGUCCGGAUCUUGACUAUAAGUUCAAGACAACAAUGGUGAAAGAAAUGAUCCAUAGUGUUCUCAAUGAUGAAUUAGGAGGCAAAACUUACAACAAAGAUGAAGCUGAAGUCUGGAUAAAAGUUAUUGCCAACACUCUACGUGGCAAAGUAAGAGAGAUGCCAUUCAAAAAGUACAAAUAUAUUGUGCAAGUGGUUAUUUGUGAGCAGCAUGGAGCUGGUGUGAAAAUUGGUGCAAGAUGUUUAUGGGAUGCAGAUGCAGACAACUAUGCUUGUGAUACAUUUAUUAAUGACACUAUAGUUUGUAUGGCAGUAAUAUUUGCAGUGUAUUUCUAUUGAUUACUUACUACACAAAAACUUUGAGGCAUGCUGGGGGAGGAAGAUCCGAUCAGCUCGUAGUUCAUUGGCAGCUCAGACAAGCCCCACAUCCUUCUCCCAGGAAUCCAGCGUACAGCUUGUAAAAGAACCUCCCAUGGCAGCCAGCUUACAGCUUAUAUAAGAAAAGAAUGUAUAAUUGGUUAAUGAGUCACAGAAGUCUCAUAAAAAUUGAUGGUGAAUCAUUAGAAGGAGCACUACGACAUUGACCAUCACCAGGCAAAACACCGCAUAUGAGUCAACAGUAUUCACGCAAUAGUUACUGAUCAUUACAGCACACAAUACUGUUACAUAGCUUUUGUUGGCAAGAGCUGUAAACAUUGGGGAGCAGCCCAAAAUCAGCUGACUUCCAUUGAUCGUAGAGGGGCCAAGUAAAUGUUUGUGAUUAGUAGUUGUUAUUGCUCACAGCCCAUUUACAUGUAUUGAAGCCAAAGAUAAAUUACACUGAUAAGAAAUUAGGUGGGUCUUUUUGUGAAACUACUACUACAUCUACAUCCAUAUUCUGCAAUUCACAGUGAAGCACACAGUACAGCAUUUCCCAUUAUAACAGUUAUUAGGGCCUCUUCUCGUUCCAUUCACACAUGGAGCACAGCAAUAAUGACUGUUUAAA